AGGUAAUGGACGACGGCUUGGGCCAGUGCCAGAUGCAGAUGCAGCAGCACCAGCACCAGUCCCAGUCCCAGCACUCUGCCUACCAGGAGCAGCAUCAUCCUCAUCAUCAUCAUCCUGCCGCUGUGGGUGGCGCUGGCAGUGGCGAUCGCUGGGACUUUGUGGGGGCGUUGGGCAAGGUGGCGCGCAUGUUCUUCAGCGCUCGCAAAGGGAAUCCGGGAUAGAAGAGUCCAUAGAAGACAGCUCCACCUGGACAAGGUAUUGGUUCCUCUGUCCAGAGCAGGCAGAUGGAUCCUUCCUCUGGCACUCCUUAGAACACGUCUAAUUAGGAACUUAGGAACACUAGCAGUCCCCUGAGGACUAAGAGUUAGUCUAGAAUCUAGAGCCUACACAAAAACAUUCAAUGUUGUUAUAUAGUUCUUAAGAAUUGUAAAUUACGAAAAACACAC